ACAACAACACAGCAAGUUAACCAUACAUUUUCCUGGCCGCCUUUUCGACGAUAUUUUUUCGGAGCCAAAACUCGAUUUUUAUCAGUCUUCUGCGGGAACUGUUCAUUUCGCGCUCUAAACAAAUUAUCGGCGAAAAAAUCGUGUCUGUUCUCGUUUUUGGUACCGUUUUCUCUUCUCCCGAAGAGAUCAGUCGCACUCGCACACACAAUCACGUACUCGCUCGCGCUCCUUCGCAAUCAUCUACAUCCGACUCUACUAUGAUGGCAGCAAAUUUGGAUACUUUUGUAACCAGUAGCAGUAACAACAAGGAUUUUACCGGCGAGACGUCCGAACAAAAGGCUCCGAUGAAGGACGAGUCGUUCAAGAAGUUACGUGAGACAUUUGUCAUCAAAAGUAAAAUUGGUGCCGGCACAUUCAGUAAGGUGUAUCUAGCCUACGCAAGGGGUGAUGCUGAGAAGAAGCGGUAUGCUAUCAAGCACAUCAAGCAAACAACACACCCGGAAAAGUUACGUCGCGAAAUUUUUUGUCUACUGAAGAUUGGGGGACAAGAUAAUGUAAUGGGAUUAGUAACCUCAUUACGAAUUGGUAGUUCUGUUUGCUUGGUUAUGCCUUAUUUCAAGCAUGAUCAUCCAUUGACUUAUUUAUGUACAAUGGAUGCUAAUGAAAUGCGAUUUUACAUUAAAAACUUGUUGAUUGCAUUAAAAAGGAUACAUUCUUUCAAUAUUGUCCAUAGAGAUGUGAAACCUAGCAAUUUUUUGUAUAACCGUUCAACUUCAACUUUUAUGCUCACUGAUUUUGGACUUGCUCAUACUAACAUUAACCCUACUAGACGUAAGGAAAUAAAAAGUCUGCCUGAUAAUAAGCCUGAUACAUCCUCUCACAAACAAAUAAGUUCAAGCUGUGACCUAAAUGUUAACCAUAAACGACCAAGUUCAGUUGGAAACAUACGAUUAAGUUCAUAUCAGAAACGUAUUCUUCAAAACAUAGCUGAUGACACCAACUCUAUACCUCAUGGAUGUAAUUUAAAGAAAAGAACUAAAUUAAUGAUGCCUAAAGAACCAUUACUAAAGGAGAAUUCACCCAUUAAAAAACAAUUAGAUGUUCCUAUGAAUAAUAAUCCUAAUAAUCCAAGUGCCAUGAGUAGCUUAUUCCACGAGAAAAAUAGUUUUACUGUUCCUAAAGUGCAACGCCUUACAUGUGAUUGUGUAGGGAAAUUAAAAGUUUGUAAUAUUUGUAUAAAAAGACCAGAAAUGAAAGCUCCUCGAGCAGGAACACCCGGGUUUCGAGCUCCAGAAGUUCUCUUAAAAUACAAAUAUCAAAAUACUGCUCUUGAUAUCUGGUCAGUCGGAGUUAUAAUGUUGGCUGCUAUGAGCCGCUGUUACCCUUUCUUUAGUGCAGAGAAUGAUUCUACAUGUUUGGCUGAAAUGAUAACUGUUUUUGGAGAUAGGGCUAUUAAAAACUUAGCCAAAAUGUUAGGUCGCAAUGUUGUUUGUGAAGUUCAAAAACCUCCUCUUGAUCUUCGAGCAAUUUGUCGUCUUUUAUGUCAUCGAUCAAGUGUACAAACUUUAAAUCCAACUGCUGUUUCUUCGAGUAAUGGUUUGGAAACGUGUAGUUUUUGUACAAAACCAAUACAACUAUCUGGUUGUGAAGUUUUUUCGGAUAGUUGUAGUUGUUACUUAAAUGUUGCUGACAAUUUUCCUUAUCCUGCAUAUGAUCUCUUAAAAAAAUUGUUAUGUUUGAAUCCAGUUACACGAAUAACGGCAGAUAUUGCAUUGAAACAUCCAUUCUUUAAAAUGAAUGAAAAGAAAAUUUAAAAUCUUAAAAAAUUUAUGAUUUUAAUUAACUGUUAUUUAUUUAUUAAAUUUAAAUUUUUAAUUGCACCUUUUGCAAAAUGUAAAAUUAUUCAACUUCAAUUUAUUAAAAAAAUCCAUCAUUAAAUUAUAUAUAUCUGAACAAAUUUUGAAAAAAAAAAUUGAAUUAAUAUUUUGUAGUUAUUUCUUUUUGUUAAUUUCCAAUUUUUAUUUCUAAUUGUAUUAAAAUUUAAUCUGAAAUAAUUUUAAACGAGGUAUGUAUAGUUUAUAUAAUGUAUUAAUGUGUAUGUUUAGUUUAUGGUAAGUAUUAGAUUUAAGAGAAAACUAGUCAUGUUUAUUAUUAUUAUUAAUCGAACAUUUGAUUUAUACAGAUAUAAACUAAGAUUUUUAAAUGUUUAGUAUACAUUUGAAGUUGAACAUUUUAUAUAAAAUAUUGAAAAUUAAUGAAGUAAUGUAUUUUUUUUUCAAAUUAAACUUAAACUUGAAUUUUUAUAUUUUGUGAGUUGAAAUUAAAAAAAAAUGUAAUCAACAUGGUAAAAUUGUUUAUAUAAUCAUCUUCAGAUAGUUGUAACAAGUGCUAGGAUUUAUAUGUAAUGUUCAAUUGUAAGAAAUGCAUUUCAGUUUAUUAAAAUAUGCUAGAAUAUUCAAUAAAAAUAUAUUAUGGAUUUACCAAUAGUUUCCAAACUAUUAAAGUGAAAGAAUUUUAUAAAAAAAUCAUCUUAUAAUUUCAUGGGAAAUUUAAUAAAGUUUUUUUUAUAUGUAAUCAAUUACUCUUACUUUUAAAUAUACCAUAAUAAAUAAUUUAAUUUAUUUUUAAAAUGUGCAAUAAUACACAUAAUACUAUUCAAAGUAAAAAUAGAUCAUGUUUAUCAAUAUAAGGUGUAUCAUGGAUAUAACUAAUCAAGUCAUUAAAAUUACAAUGAAAAAAAAAAUACCAUUGGAUAAUAUAAAUCCUAGUUCUAGUUGGUAAUCAAUAGGUAUUUUAAUGAUGUAUACAUGUUGUUAUUUUUAAGAUCAUUGAAGCAUUUAAUAUUUAAUAAUGUUUUGAAUAAACAAUUUGGUAAAAAUACAAUUAUUAUUUAUUAGUAUCUAAUACUUAAAAUCAACAAGAUGAAUGUAUUUUUCAAUAUUUUAUAAUCAAAAUUAAGACUAAUUUUUUAUUUGUUAAGCCAAUUGGCCAUUACUAAGAUAGUUGAAUUAUUUUUGUUGUUUAAAAUUACUAUUAUUUUAUUAUUAUUAUUAUUAUUAUUUUAUUGUGUUACUGCUUAUUUAAGUAAAAUAUUUGUUUUUAGUUUAAUAUUAUGUUCAUAUACCUAUAGCUGAAAAUGUACUCAAAUUUAGUUAAUUGUGAUAACUGAUAGGCUAGUAUCUGGUUAGUAAAAUAGAAUGUUUUGCUUGUAUUAGGCUAGUAGGUAUUUAUAAUGAUAUGUAGGUGUAUCAUUUUGAGUGUUGUACAUUGCAUUAAAAUAUUCUAGUCUAUAAUUAUAUGUAAUUGAAAUUGUAUUUAUUAAGUUCAUGGUUGAAACAUGUUUAAAUUAUAUGAAACAAAUAUACUUUUGUUGUAAAUGCUAAGUGUUUCAACCUCGAAUGGAAAUCAAUUGGAGAACUGAUUUUUUUUUUAUUGUUUGUAUUUGUAAAGUUGAAAUAAUAUUCAUUAUAUCCUUAUGAUAAGUAGCACAUUCUGUAUAUUACAGCCGUUAUGUGGGAUUUGUAACUACGAUAAGGGUAAAAAUUAAAAGACUGUUCAAUUUAAAUGUUUAAUUUCUUAUGGUAUUGAGGUGUGGUUAUUUUUUACUGUGUUGUCAUGAUAAAUACAUAAUGUAGUUUCAUUGUUAUAAAAACUGUUUUUUUUUUUACCAUCCCUGUCAUGAUGUAUAGUAUAUAACAUACUUUUUAGUCAUAAAUGAAUUAUUUUAGUAAUAAUUUACUUGGCAUUAGAAACAUUUGAUCCGAGAAAUUAAUGUAUUCUGUUUUAUUUUAGUCAAGAAUACUUAAUUUGUUUGUAUUUGUUUUUUAUUUUGGUGUGCGAGUGUAUUGUAUUUAUAAUAGUUAUUAGAAAUGAAUUUGUCCAUUAUUUUGUUCAAUAGACAAUAGUUACCAACCAUUCAUAAAUAGAUUACUUUUUAACUGUUAAAUUAUUCAUAGUGUACCUGUAUUGUAGUCACGAAAAUGUCUCCAUUAGUUAUUAGUUAUUACCUAUUUUAUGUUCAACAUAGCAGUAUUAAUGUUUUUAUAAAAAUUGAAAUAAACCAUACUUACACAUAUACAA